GACCGCGACGCCCGCGGCGGCCAUGACGCCCGUGCAGGGGCGUGUCGAGGGCGGUGCUGGGGAGGGGCCGGGUGCCGGCAGCCCCGGGGUGGCCCCGGUUGGGGGGGGCGGGCAGCGGGCCGGCGGCCAUGCGAGGGGUGCCCCGCCGAGAACCCGGGCCCCCCCUGGCCCACCCGGCCCUGCAACGCCGUAGCGGUAACACCAUUACGGUGCGACCCCGGCGGGGGGUGACCGCCAACGGCCCCGAAGGAGGGUCCCCCGCCCCUCCGGCGCCUCCCGCCCCCCCGGCUGCUCCCCCGGGGCCCCCCAAGAAGCGUUACCCCACGGCCGAGGAGAUCCAGGUCAUCGGCGGGUACCUGGCCCUGCCCCGCUCCUGCCUGGCCAAGAACGACCCCCACCGCAAGAAGCUGAAGAUCUGGUUCAGCGAGCGGGAGCUGGAGCGCACCUUCUGCUACCCCUCGGAGGGGGCAGCGCUGGCGGCCUGGGGCCCCCCCGAAGAGCCACCCCCCCCCCGGCCCCCCCUCGGCCCCUGAUGAGGAUGAGGAUGAGGACGAGCCCCCUCCCGUGCGGGGGCUGCCGGGGGGGCUGCGAGCCCGCGCCCUGCUUGUGGAUGAGUCCUGCAGGCGGUAACCCCGGCCUCUGCCCCACGGCGGGGGGGUGGGGGGGAGCCAUGCUGGGCCCCCCACCCCCCUGCCAGCGAAGGGGGGGACAGGGCCGGACCUGAGGGACCCCCCGGCGGGGCAGGACAGGGCCAGAUGCACGGACAAGGACCACCCCCCCCGCCAAAAACUGCCCCAGGAGGGGGGGCACAAGGACACUGUCCCCACUGUGGGGACCCAGCGGCAUUCUGCCCCCCCCCCCCCCCACUGGGGCACCAUGGGGGGAUUUUUGGGGGGGUAUCCAGCUCUUCUCGCCCCAUUUUGUAGCUUUUCUAGUUGGGGGGGGGGGGGGGGGGGGCACGGCAAUUAUCCUUAACGAGGUUUUUUUUUUUUUUUUAGCCUAAUUAAGGACUUUUUUUAGCCAGGGGUGGGGCAACUUUGUCAGUAUUGGGUCAACCAGAGCUGCCCCAGUUAGGAACUGGGCCAGGCUCAGUUACAACUGGGCUGGGGGGCGGAGGGUGGGGGGGCAAAGCCAUGGCAGUAUUAGCUGGGGGGGGCUAUGCUGGGGGGGGGGGGGGAGAUGGGGAGGGGACGUGAUUUAUUGCUGUGGUGGCUGAUGGUGAGGGAGGGGAUGGGUGAGGAGGAAGGCUCCAAAAUGGCCGAGGGAGGCCAAACGGUGGACAGAGGCCAAACGGCGGAGGAGCAAUGGCCGGGUGGGAGCAUGAAGGAUGGCGGCGGGUGGCCGGUGGAUGGCGUGGGCGGGGGGAAACAGUCUGGAGUUGGGGGGGGGGCCCGGCUGCCAUCGGCCGAAGGUGGGAGCGGUGGACGGGAGAGAAAAUGGCGGAGGAGGCCGAAGCCUGAGGCCUGCUCCCGUAGCCAUGGCAACGGAGCCUGAGGCCUACGCCCGUUGCCACGGCGACGAAGCCCUCGGCUCACCGUGGGGAGGGCCGCGCCGCCUCUUGGCUGCACUGUACCGCGACAAGCGACAAUAAAAGGUGAUGGCGGCUGC